AUGGCAAAAAUUGAAAAUGGCAAUAAUAGUUCUCUUUAUAGUUUUCCUACUAAUAUUCAAGAAAAUCUUUCAAGUCCUGAUUGGUGGAAAAAGUUACAAGAGUUGCAUAAUUUAGUUGAACCUUAUUGUGCAGCUUUAAAUAAAUUGCAAACUAAUGGUGCACAGUUGUAUAAAUCUGAUAAAGUUUUAAAAUUAUGUCAAUUAAGAGAUAAAUUACAACAUAAUCGUUUAAAUGAAGCUUUAACCAAACAAGAAAAAAAAAUUUGUAAAACAAAUAUUGCAAUGCAAGCACAAAACACAAACUUAGAAAUUUCUGAUAAUGAAAGUGUUGAUUUAUUAAGUAAAGAAGAUAUUUAUAUUGAAGAUAGUUAUACUAAAGAAACCAAUAUUGAAAAUACUAACGUUGAAGAUACCCAUUUUGAAAAUUCUCAUAUUGAAGAUACUUAUGUUGAAAAUACUUAUAUUGAAGAUAUUUAUGUUGAAGAAUUAAAUAAGACAAAUAGUGAUUCUUUUGAAGAUUUUUGUAUCAUGCAUUCUGCUGAAGAUUAUGAAGAUUUUUGUAUCAUGCAUUCUGCUGAAGAUUAUGAAGAUUUUGGUACUACACAUCCUGCUGAAGAUCAUAAAGCAAAAUAG